CCGUGGGUGUGCCCGCUCCCUUUCCACGCCAACGUGGCGGGGGCAGCGCCUGGAGUGUAAUCGGACCUGUGCAGGGGGUGGCCCCCGGGAGAGGGAGGCGGAUGGACCAAGGCGCUUUGCAGGAGGGAUUGUGUGCUCCCGGGUGGGUGUGCUGGCUACUGGCACGGCCGAGCUAGCUUGUCACUUUCUGCAAAGGUUUCCCUCAGGGAGCCUCCUGCUGCCGGGCACCAUGACAGUGAGGGGGGCUGUGCUGGCCCCAGAUCCAGCAUCGCCCACGACCGCAGCAGCCUCGCCCAGCAUCUCCGUGAUCCCCGAGGGCAGCCCCACUGCCAUGGAGCAGCCUGUGUUCCUGAUGACAACUGCCGCUCAGGCCAUCUCUGGCUUCUUUGUGUGGACAGCCCUGCUCAUCACAUGCCACCAGAUCUAUAUGCACCUGCGCUGCUACAGCUGCCCCAACGAGCAGCGCUACAUCGUGCGUAUCCUCUUCAUCGUGCCCAUCUACGCCUUUGACUCCUGGCUCAGCCUCCUCUUCUUCACCAACGACCAGUACUACGUGUACUUCGGCACCGUCCGCGACUGCUACGAGGCCUUGGUCAUCUAUAAUUUCCUGAGCCUGUGCUAUGAGUACCUAGGAGGAGAAAGUUCUAUCAUGUCGGAGAUCAGAGGAAAACCCAUUGAGUCCAGCUGUGUGUAUGGCACCUGCUGCCUCUGGGGAAAGACGUAUUCCAUCGGAUUUCUGAGGUUCUGCAAACAGGCCACCCUGCAGUUCUGUGUGGUGAAGCCACUCAUGGCGGUCAGCACUGUGGUCCUCCAGGCCUUCGGCAAGUACCGGGAUGGGGACUUUGACGUCACCAGCGGCUACCUCUACGUGACCAUCAUCUACAACAUCUCUGUCAGCCUGGCCCUCUACGCCCUCUUCCUCUUCUACUUCGCCACCCGGGAGCUGCUCAGCCCCUACAGCCCCGUCCUCAAGUUCUUCAUGGUCAAGUCCGUCAUCUUUCUUUCCUUCUGGCAAGGUAUGCUCCUGGCCAUCCUGGAGAAGUGUGGGGCCAUCCCCAAAAUCCACUCGGCCCGCGUGUCGGUGGGCGAGGGCACCGUGGCUGCCGGCUACCAGGACUUCAUCAUCUGUGUGGAGAUGUUCUUUGCAGCCCUGGCCCUGCGGCACGCCUUCACCUACAAGGUCUAUGCUGACAAGAGGCUGGACGCACAAGUGCCAACAUACGGCCCUUACGCCUCCUCACCUGCGCCUCCCGUCCCCUGCCCGGCAGGCCGCUGUGCCCCCAUGAAGAGCAUCUCCAGCAGCCUCAAGGAGACCAUGAACCCGCACGACAUCGUGCAGGACGCCAUCCACAACUUCUCACCUGCCUACCAGCAGUACACACAGCAGUCCACCCUGGAGCCUGGGCCCACCUGGCGUGGUGGCGCCCACGGCCUCUCCCGCUCCCACAGCCUCAGUGGUGCCCGCGACAACGAGAAGACUCUCCUGCUCAGCUCUGAUGAUGAAUUCUAGGUGCGGGCUGCGGUGGCGUAAGUGCUGGCGCCGUAGCCACGGUCAGGCUGUGCCCUACCUCCAGCCUCACAACCAGGCCAGGAGGCAGCUGGCACAAUGCUCACGCCGCCUUUAUUUAUUGGACCAGAAACACUCACAUGUCGCUUCCAGAGGAACGGGGGACAGCCAGGCUCGCCCAUGGGCCUUCAGGAAUAUUUAUACGUGGCCCAGCCUGCACUGCCCGGGCAAGGGCAGAGGACACUGGGAGCAAGGCUUAUGCCCCUGCUGCCCGUCCUGUGCUGGGGGCAUGCUGGGACCAGCCACACCCAGGCCCCAGUGCUUGUGUGUGGACCAGCGGCUGCAGCCUUCUAGCCCCCCUCCUCCCCGCGAGACUCUCAGGCUGAGGUCGGCAAGCCGUAGCUCCCCCACACACCGUGCAAUACCUGUCUGACCUGGGCUCUUCCCGCCUGCGUCCCUCCCCUGUCCACCUUUGUCCAGUGCUAGAUUCACAUCACCCCGGGCAGGAGUGGGGAUGUGGACGCUCUGUGGUCCUCCCCUCCUGACCCAGGCCUCCGUGGCAUGCUGCAAGGAUCAGAGCCAGACACCAGGAGUCACAGGCCCCACCCAGGAAGGGCAUUCAGGGGCCCCUGGGCACCGCUUCUGUUGAAGCAGGGGCUUCUGGGCCCCUGGGUAUCCCCACCCGUCGGGGCCACACCUCUGCCUGCCUCGUGCCCCUUCCCCAUGGCCUACCAAGGACAGCCCACAGCCCGCACUGCCGGCUCGCUUGGGUCCUUCCUCGAUAGCUUUGGGCAGAGCCCUCGCUUCCUGGCUGCUCCAGGGCUCAGGGGCUCCCAGCCCUCCUUCCCAGGCUGAUGCUGGGUCCUGUCUCUCUUUGGGGCUUCUCCCUCCCGUUUCAGGGGAAAGGUCUGAGUCUCCACGUUUCAGACCAGCUUCCGGGGGAAGGCAGUCUGACAGGGAGGCCGGGAGGGGUGGCCACACGGUGGGGAGCUGGGAGGUGGGGGGAAUGGUCCCAGAUUCCUCUCGGGGGCCCCAUCCACACAGGGCCUGGUGUUCUGCUCCAUCCAGCCCCUGGCCCAUCUCUUCUGUGCCUUAGUCACAUAUGAAAGCGCCCCUCCCUGGCUCCCCAUCUGUCCCACAUGCUGCCUGAGGCUCUUAGUUCAGCUGCUGGCGCUUGCAGGAUCCUGCAGUGCUGGGCCCAGAGCCCUUGGACAGGCCUCAGGAGUGGUCAGGACCACCAAGCCCCUUCUCUCCCCCUCCACACCUCUAGACCUGGGGCCUCCGGAGCCCCCAGCAGGCUGGGCUUAUACUAGCUCCUGACUUAGGAAGAGCCUUGUGUCACAACAUGUGUCCCUACAGGCAAAGUGUCCUGGCAUUUAAAACCCAGAUUAUCCCUGGGUUUGGGCUGCAGUCACCUGGAGAAGCUGGUAGGGUAAGGGAGAGGGACCCUGCCGGUGUUCACUGGGGAUUCUUUCUUUUGGUCCUUCCUGGAAUGAACAGGUUCCCUCUCUGCCACCUGUGAGGAGAGUCAGGGCCCAGCCGCCUUCCUGGCCUCCUUCCCUCGUGGCAGAGGCCUUCAUGUGGGUGGCAGAGGCCUGCAUGUGGGUGCCAGAGGCCAGCUCUGCCCCUCCAUCUUUGGGGGGCCUGACCAGCUGGGCCCAAGCUGCCCGGGAGGGUGGGUGCAGACACAGGCUGAGGACCAGCCCUGGCCCUGCCCUGCCCUGCCGUCUGCUUUCACCAAGCUGUCUCUCCAACGUGGCUUCCCUUCUCCCUCCAGGCCAAAGUGUGCUGCUGAUUGCCACCCCCUUGGUCUUCACCUGCCCCAGCGUUGCUGUUUGCGUGGAGGGUGGGAGUGGGGGGAGCUCAGUGGCAGGGAAUCAGCGGUCCCUGGGGUCGUGGGGACGGGAACGUGUGCCCGACCACUCCAUCCCCUCCUCCUUCUUAGGAUGCAUAACCUACCUUGUCUUUUUUAAAAAAAAAUUUUCUUUCCAGAUAGAGUAGCUCUUUGUACAUAAAGAAUACUUGAAAAAUUAAUUGUAUGAUGUAUGAGAAGACAGAGUCUCCUAGUUUUGUAUCUUGUUGUAUGACUGCCAUGAGUUCCACCAGAAAGCCACUCUAUUUUGGUCUCUGUGACAUUUUAAAUGCGUGACAGAAGUGAGCAAAUAAAGUGAGGAAGAAAUAUAUAUAUGAGAUAAUAUAGAUUGUAUUGAAAUCUC